AUGCUCCAAACAUUUGAAUCCUUCUGGACUGGCAUGCUCCCCCGCGACAAAUCCUACCUGCGGGGUCUGAUGCACACCCAACCAGUGCCCGUCAUUGGAGCCAACACACCAAACCACACACCACACACACCUGUCGAGCGAGAUCCGACCGAACGGCUCUUUAUCACUGAUCGACAAUGGAACAUGCAUGUAUGCUGUGGAGAUGAAUCAUGGAUAUUUCAUAAACUACUCCAAGUCACCGCCGCAAUCCGAUUUUCUUCGUACUGCGUACACGGCGUCUGGGACAUCUCGGUCAGAGUUUCGACGUCAAUUGGAUCUCGCAGCGGGAGAAUCUCGAUCGCCUCUACCCUGACUGACUCCAACUUCACCCUCCCGCAAGACCUACCUGGCGGUACGCAAGGCACUCGCAACCGCAACGAGGGACGCGGCGCAACAUCCGGUAUGAAUUAG